AUGGCGGGUAUGCCCGUUCUUGGCAACAGCGUCGGAGCCGGCGAGCUGCGAGACACCAGUCGUGAGGCGAGCAACAGGUCCUCAAGUAGCGGUUCUCGACGCGGGUCCUCACCACAUCAUAGCCAGGAACACGAAACAUGUGACGCAACAGUCCACAAGCCAGAUCUGACAAGGCCACGUCCUACAAGCUAUGAGAGGGAGUACCAUGAGAAAGUACCGACUAUGGCAACUCUAAGCGGCACUGGUGUUGUGACCCAUACAGCACCAUCAUAUGAAGAGCAGCGCGCCAAUCCAGCACUACUAAGCCGGGGCGCAAGUUGUACUCCUGGUGGACGAAGUGUGCGAGAUGAUGGCUACUGUUCUGCCAGCAGUACACCGCGUGCGUUUGAUAAUAAAUCUACGAAAGGAUCUGUUGUGACACUGUCGUGUUAUAAAAAAGAGCCUAAAGUACAGAUAGAAGAGGAAUGUUUCUACAGUGAAGCUUCUAAGCGACUCAGAACUAAUAGCAUUAAAACAGAAGCCAACGACGGGCGAGAAACAUGGGGUACAGGAGCAGACUUUCUACUAUCCAUCAUAGGAUUCGCAGUGGACCUCGCCAACGUGUGGCGUUUCCCUUAUCUAUGCUACAGGAAUGGCGGUGGUGCAUUCCUAAUUCCUUACACACUGAUGUUAGUCUUCGGUGCUGUGCCAUUGUUCUACAUGGAACUAAUCCUGGGGCAAUACAACCGACAAGGACCCAUCACGAUUUGGAAGAUAUGUCCGCUGUUCAAAGGUGUGGGAUUUUGUGCGGUCAUGGUGGCGUUUUACGUUUCAUUCUACUACAACGUGAUCAUUGGUUGGGCGUUCUACUUCCUAGUAUCAUCAGCUCGCUCCGAGCUACCAUGGCUACAUUGCGACAAUGCCUGGAACACCGAGCAGUGCUGGGACACGACCAGAACCAACAGCACCAAUAGAACUGAUAUACGUUAUCAAGGACCCUUGUCGCACUUCACGCCUGCUUCGGAGUUUUUUCAUCGUGCUGUACUCGAGAUGCAGUACUCGGAAGGUCUGAACGACCUGGGUUUCCCCAAAUGGCAACUGGCGAUUUGUUUGGGUAUGGUCUACGUAACUUUAUAUCUUUCACUCUUCAAAGGAGUGAAAAGCUCCGGAAAAGUUGUGUGGAUGACAGCAACUAUGCCGUAUGUGGUGCUUUCUAUACUUCUGGCGCGAGGACUGCUCCUACCUGGAGCCACUAGGGGCAUAGCUUACUACUUGCAGCCUGAGCUAACAAGAUUGAAAGAUACUCAAGUUUGGGUUGAUGCGGCUGUACAAAUAUUUUACUCAGUCGGUGCUGGCUUUGGAGUACAUCUUUCUUACGCCAGCUACAAUACUUUUCACAACAACUGCUAUCGGGACUGUCUAGUAACAACUUUAGUGAACUGUUUUACGUCCUUUUUCUCCGGAUUCGUAAUCUUUACAUAUCUCGGAUUCAUGUCUCAUAAACAAGGAGUUCCUAUUUCAUCUGUAGCUACUGAAGGACCUGGUUUGGUAUUCCAAGUGUACCCAGAAGCUGUGGCCACUCUACCAGGAGCAAGUUUAUGGGCGAUGCUUUUCUUUUUCAUGCUUAUUAUGCUUGGUUUAGACUCAGGGAUGGGCGGUCUAGAGUGCGUGAUAACAGGUCUGUUAGAUGAAGCUCGAGCGUGUGGUGCACACUGGUUGAAGCGGGAACAUUUUACUUUAAUUGUCGUCUGCUUCUCGUUUUGCGUGGCUUGCAUCAACAUUACACCGGGUGGCAUCUACAUGUUUCAUUUACUGGAUACUUACGCAGCCGGCAUAUCUCUGCUCUGUUCCGCCCUCUUUGAAGCUGUUGCAGUAUCCUGGUUCUACGGUCUUAAGAAAUUUUCUGAUGACGUGGAAGAGAUGCUUGGCUUUAGACCCGGUAUUUACUGGAGAAUAUGCUGGAAAUUUGUCAGUCCAACGUUUAUAAUUGGUGUUGUGGUUUUCGGUCUCUUAUACCAGCAACCACUACAAUACCAGCAUUAUACAUACCCACCUUGGGCAGUGGUUUUGGGUUGGGGUCUUGCCUGCUCCUCCAUACUGAUGAUACCUAUUGUUGCGAUAUAUAAACUGGUCACUACACCCGGGACAUUCAAACAGCGAAUAGCAUGCUGUAUAUCCCCAGAAUCUGAGCAUGAGGCUAUUAAAGGUGGUGCACCGGUCAGCCGUUUUACCUGGAGACACUGGCUUUAUGUUUAA